GGAUCGGCUAUCAUUUCAAAUCAAAUAUGGCAGCCGUGUCGGUCGUCGUAUUGUGAACCGUGCGCGAAAAUGUUGUAGAUUUCGUCUGUAAUCCGCGAAUUUCGGCCGCAGAACGAAUUAGGAUUGUCGGGCAUCGGUGAUAUCUACCCACAUCUUCCAACGAUCAAUCACGUAAUCACCGUUGAAUUUCAGGUGGAAUUCCAUCUAUUCCCUUGGAUACCCAUAAGUAACAAAUCACUUUCCUGUCAUGGGGAAACAAAACAGUAAACUAAAGCCAGAGGUCUUAGAAGAUCUCCGACAAAACACAGAGUUUUCAGAUGCGGAAAUUCAAGAGUGGUAUAAGGGUUUUCUAAAGGAUUGUCCGAGUGGAUACCUUAGUGUGGAAGAAUUCAAAAAAAUUUACGGCAACUUUUUCCCAUAUGGAGAUGCAUCAAAGUUUGCUGAACAUGUAUUCCGUACUUUUGAUGCCAACGGAGAUGGCACAAUUGACUUCCGGGAGUUUCUAUGUGCUCUAUCAGUAACAUCUCGGGGAAAGCUGGAACAGAAGUUGAAGUGGGCUUUCAGCAUGUAUGAUCUUGAUGGAAAUGGUUAUAUUUCCCGUCAAGAAAUGCUUGAAAUUGUUACUGCUAUCUAUAAAAUGGUAGGAUCUGUCAUGAAGAUGCCAGAGGAUGAAUCAACACCUGAAAAGCGUACUGAUAAAAUAUUCCGGCAAAUGGACAAAAACAAGGAUGGUAAAUUAUCCCUAGAUGAAUUCAUAGAAGGAGCCAAGAGUGAUCCAUCAAUCGUUCGACUUCUCCAAUGUGAUCCUCAGGCCCAAUGAGAUUAGUGGCAGUACAUGUACUUUGACUAAUGUUACCCAAUUUGAAUCGAAAUAUCAUUCAUAUGGGAGUCCAGCUGACCAAAGGAACUCUUCUCUCUAUUAUAACAAAGAUAAAGUCAAUUUCGCCCUGCUGUAUUACAAGGAAGUUGUUGGGUAUUGCUUGAAAAUAAAUCCAAGCAUUUGCCACUCAACUUAGAGGAUAUAUGCCAUGUAAUUGAUUAUUAGACAAAAGGGCAGUCAAUUUUAUCUGGUUUGACUGAUUUCUUUGCCGAUGGACGUUUAUUCCGGUGUAUUAAGUAGCUAUUUUAUGAAAAAUUACCUUUAUAUUUAAAUUUUAAAAGUAUGACAUUGAGUUUUCUCUUCCUUUGAAACAUGUUCUUUUGAUUAAUUACAACAAUUAAAUCUGUACAGUUUUACUGUUGCUUGGUUUGUAUUGUAUAUAAUUUUUACAGUAUUCACUAUCAUUUUCAAUUUUUAUGCACUUUAUUACAUAUUUAAUUAACCAGUAUCAGAUCAAAUCCAGAGCCCUACCAAUCAUGUUUAAUUACUGCAAUACUUUAUUACUUUGGAUGAUGCAACUGUUUUGGAUCUGUGAAACUACUGUCCUUGCUGUGCACUAUCAUCGAUAGUGCUUUGUUCGAAACAAUCAAAUAGGUGAAUGGUUUAUGUAUUUUUUUUAAAUGACCCUAAAAUAUCAUGUCUUGCAAAACUUCAGGAAUAGACGAAAUACUAAGAGAAAGGUUCUCUAUGUUCAUUGUAUUGCAUGGACUGCAUAUGUUUACUUUCUUAUCCAAAACAUGUUUUCCUUUCUCAUUUUCAAAUUCUCCUAGUGACGUUUUCAUUUCAGUUUUGUAAUUCAAUGUCUUUUUGAAAACAAAAGCCGUUUUGUAAACUAACUUGUUUAAAAAGUAAAUGUGGUACAACAAAUGGUUGUUCUUCUGUGAUCUAGAUUGCUUGCAGGUCUGUUACUGCGUUUGUUAAUUUCAGUCUCGUAAUGAUAUGACUUCACUAAAAAUUUCAUAUGCAGGAGGAGUUUAAAAUGCUUAGGCUCUUUGGUAAACUUUUUAUUGUAAUUGUGAGUGUACACUUCAUACUAUAUAUGAGGCACGUCUACUGACGGGCAAGAACCGAUUUCAGGCCUAGACAUGAUAUAGGAAUAUACCGUUCUUCAACUGCCAUCCUCAUUCUCACUCUAUUCCUAAGCCCUCCCCUAUACCAAUUAAAGUUUAGAUUUGUUGACUUUUCAGAAGAAAUUAAAUGUGUUUAAUUCACAUUUACUUUUUAGGUUGGUUUAUUGUUGCCAAUAGCUCCAUUCAUAUACAAGAAAGUACAUAAAUGUGAUAAGCAGUUAAGACCUGCUAUUGUUAGUGUCCAGAAUUCUCCAUACUCUCUCUUGUAACCCAAUUUGUAGGUAGGUAAAUAUUUGUGUGAUCACUAAUUAUUGUUUGUAUCAUGAACUUUGCUGCAAAAAUUUCUCAACUAUGCUAGUCGAAACCUUGGAUGUUCACUUCUUUGUGUUUUACUUCAUUGAAAUAGAAUUCACUUAAAAGUUAAAGUAGUACACUUUGAUUGCUCACUUUUGAUUUGGAAAUCAUGUGAUCUCAAUUCUAAGCUUUCAGUUCUUAGUGCUGGAAAACAAUUUUACAUCAGAAAAGGAAGUGCCGCCUGGUAUGUGUAAUUUUUAACUAAUAUCUUUUUAAAUAUCUGACAGUCUAUCUAUCUAUUUAUCUUUAUUUUUUAUGUUUUUCUCAAACAUUGUAAUGAAUGAAUGAAUGGAACACAAAGAAGUGCAACAGCCAAUAUUUAUUUGUUAUGCUGUCUGUCCUUUUCUCUACAUGUAGCAGGCUUUUAAUAUUCAUUUGUGUUGAAACAAGUUGUACUUUCUGUUUUGAAAGAAACUUUUUUGUGUAUUUAAAUACGCCACUGCACAUCCACACACUGACACACACACAAUUGUGAUUUUUGCAGUAGUCAUAAGAAUAUUCAUAACCUCAUAUUAGAGUGCCAUGAAGGGAAUAAGUUUGCAGUAUGUUCUUGUUCCUUCCAAAUUAAUAUCAUACAAAAGUAGAUGGCAUGUUGAAAGUUAAGUGGAAGACUUCAUUCAAAUUCCAUCAGAUCUUAAGCCAGACUAUUUUCCAUGGGAGGUGGAGUUAAGUAUCUAUCAGACAAAUAUUGAGGUUGGUGUUUAUUUAUUUAUGUAUUUGAAACAUUCAGCAGUAUUUGAAUAUUUGAGAAGAAUAAUGUGAUUACAGUAGUGUGGCAAGUGUGCCUUUGUGUAUGUCUUAGAGUAUGUUUGUGGUUGCAUGCGUGUUGUCUUUGAUUGGAAGCAUGUGUGAGUGUUCUUUUUCAUUGCUAAGGUUUUUAAGUGACAGUCUUUAUUGAUUAGUGUAUUCUAAUUUUCGUGCUAUACUGUAAUUUUUCCUUCAUGUUUAUUAUUUUUGUGAAAUGAAUGGUUGUGAGUAUGUAACAUGAUAUUUCAUUUCAACAGUCAUCUACAUCACAAACGCUUGUAUUUGUAUUGUGGUGUCAAUAUUUAAUGAAUAAUUUUUUCUCUCAAAUGCUACUUAUUUAAUGCCUCUAAAUAAUCAUGAAAUCUACUGAAGUGGUUGAAGUUUUCUUCAUUCAUCAUUAUUAUGUAAAGGGUCUUUGAUUCACCUCUAUUCAUUCACAAUACAUUGCACUUCUUAUUCAAUCCAGCAGAUGGUGUGUGUUGAUUGUGAGGUUCGAACCUUGUCGCAUUGGAAAGUACUCAGAUUUGUCAAGUAUCAAAGGCAUAUUGCUGGUGUAUAAUCAAAUUUAAUGCAACAAGAUGCUAUUGAAGUUAGAGGCUUACUUGUCACUUGAUCAGACUUUAUGUACUAUUUGUAGCCGUACUGAGAUCAAUGUGCGUCAUUGUUUUCCUUAGAAUAUUUUCAGAAGAUUUAUAUUAUAAGAGAUGAAUCUACCAGCCAGUGCCUAUGUAAAUCUAUCUCAUGAUGUCUAGUGCCAUAUUUGCUUUCCUUUACAUCCAUUUGGCAUGAAGAUUUAGAAUAAGGAGACUGGAACCAAAAGAUACAUUUUUCAUCAUCAAAUUAAUCUAAGUUCAAGGACGUCUUGUUGUUUAUUUUUAGUAAUUUGGCAGAUAGAAUAUGCAGUACCGAAACAUUUUGAUUUCUCUUGCAAUUUUCUUUUCUGUACUCAAAACCCUCCAAAGAAACACUUUCUAGUCUAAUGUUUUAUGCCUUUGUUUUUUCUGUUUUAUAAACUCUACUUUUUUGUUAGGUGCAUCUCUCAAUCUAAAUUUGUUUCCUCUCCAGAUUUGUAAGGUCAGUGAGGAUUGGUACAUGGCUGGGAGGUUAAAUAGUAGGGGCCUACAUCAGAGUCGGGUUGGCUCUCUACUCUGACUUAGGUUGCUGUCUUGUUGUCACUGUAUGGCAUUUCUUGUGUGCAUGAUGAAGAUAAUUUUUUGCAUACUUUUCAUGGUCACGGUCUUCCAAAAAGAAAGUAAGGAAGAAGUAAGAGUCCAUGUUAGUGUCAAAAUAAGCUAAGGGACAGCGACUCAGCUUCACCAUUGUGUAUUUUGCCUCUUACAUGGACUUAAAUACCUCAACCUUGUUGAAGUGUGCUGUUACUUACUACCCUAACUAAUUGCCAUUUUUAUUUGACUCAAUUUUUACAGAUCCACAUUUUUUCUAGAGUGCCAUUUUUACAUUUACAGAAAUGAGUAUUAUUUAUUUUUCAUAUCAAUCGCUUUACCAUCAAAACAAUGAAAUAUUUCAUUUAGAAAAUUCUGACUUGAUUUUGUUUUUUAUACACUAGGGUGCUAUCAUCAAAUAUCUAUAUAUGAUGAGUCAUAAUUCAUAAAUUUUUGAGUUGUUAAAUUUCAUCACAUCACCAAGUCAAGUUUCUAAAUUUCAUAUCAUCAUACCAUCAUUGUUCAUAAGUAUAACUCCUAUUAAAUUGUGCACUUUUCAAAUCUUGCAAGCUCAUGCUUCCUUAAAAAAAAAAAAAUGUAUAUGUUGGAUUGAGCGAUCAUUUUAGCAAUGAACAAUCUUUGAAUUUUAAUGUAUUUGCUGCAGCGUGACCUCACUUUGGCCACAUAUUGUGAACUAUACUUCAUUGGUCCUGCCUGAAAAUCAGCCCCUCCCCAAUGUGUAAAAUCUGUGUAUGUGUUUCUCCAUUCACACAUUUAUUAUUCAUUCAACUAACAGGAUUGUGAAUUAAUGCACAACAUAUUGAUGAGGACUUUGGUAUUGCAAAUCUGCUGCUUCCCUUGUAUUCUCCAAUAUAUUUAUCUUAACUAACUUCAAUUCAAUUCAGUCAUAUUGCAAAUUGGUUGUAGGAAAUUUGCGUUAGGUAGGUUGAUGUAAAUUCUAAGAUUGUGGCACCAUAUGGAAGAAGAUAACAAGAUUUACAGCUCUGCUGGAAUAAGCCUAAUUUGCAAUCUGUAUCAGAUUGCUAGCAUUCAAUGGGACUUGUGUAUAAUGUGACUCAGCAUAUGACCUUUGUUGCCAUAGUAUUUAGUAACAUUUGUCAAGAAAUGCAAUCAUCUUCUCAGAAAUGGUUUCUAAUUUGCUGCAACUGCCACACAAUCAAUGAUUCUAUGGCUUUCUCUCUUGAGAUGAACAGACAGUUGGGAGCAAGCUAUCCACAUGUAAAACUCAUUUUUUUUCAACCUGCAGAAGAUUGUGUUUAUCCAUGACUUCUUUUGUGACUGGUAAAAACCAAUUAGGCUUGCUUGCCGAAUUUGUCUGAACACCAAGCUGGAACCAAGGAUCACAUUUUAUAAGUAAAUUGUUUUUGGUAAAUAUUCCAUUUGUUGACUGAGAGUAGCGAUAUAACAUUAUCCCCGUAGCCUUUCCCUUCCAAAACAUCACAAAGUCGAUGAAUUUAUAUAGCCUAAUAAAUGAAUGAAUCGCCUUUAUAUUUCCAACUGUAUUCUGUAUGGUGGCAGUAAAACCUGCUGCUGAGUGUGUACGCGUUCUGUAUAUGCUUCACUCACUAACCUCGGACUAUCGACAUUGUUAAUGUUUUGAAAUGUUUUGUCUUUUACAUUGGAGUGGAUGUUGUUGGGGUCUACUUUCCACAGUGGUCUGAAUGUAUUGUUGAUUGUGGAAUAAAUGGAAAUCCUUAAAGAUAUGA